AUGACAGUUCUGUUUCUACCGGUGUGUACUUGGCUACGCUUGGCACCGAAAUAUCUCAGGUUUAUCACUGAGAAACUUCGAAUAUUGUGGAUAUUAUAUAAGGAAUUACAACUAAACAAUGGCGGUCAACAGUGCCACGUCUUUCAUAAUAUCAUCAAUAUUAACGCUCCUGAUAUUCUCUGGGAUGCAAAUGUACAAGCCUCUGUUGGUGAAAUCUCCAUUAACCAUUAUUUUUGGAGGUUAUCUUGGAUCAGUUAUGUUUAUGUUCUUCGUUACUGCUGUAGGUAAUCUAGAAGCAACAUUGUUUGGAAAGAACUUUCAACUGAAGCUGCCUGAAGUUGUGCUGUCCAUGGCAGUGUCUCUUAUUGCAGCUGGGAUGGUGCACAGAAUUUGUUUCACAACAUGUUUGAUAUUCUCCCUUAUAACAAUCUACUACAUGAACAAGGUGUCUCAAAAAACGUAUGUGUCCACGGCACCCGCACCUGUACCAGUGAAGAGUCGCCGACACAAAUAGUCUCAUUGCAGUCACGAGUCAAUUAAGUCACAACAAAUUAUAUGUUAAAGCAAAUAAUUUUUACGCUUUUUAACAAAUUACAAUAAAUAGUAAAGAAUUUA